UCUCUAAAGGCGGAACAUAUAGAUUUCGUUGUUGUACGCCAUCGGAUUUAUUUUCGCAGUACGCAGCAGUUCUUAAGUAUGAGAAAAAUGAUAAACUCGUUCUUAAGAUAACCAGAAGUGCGUUUCAGAUCCCGACGCCGUUAACUUAAAGACUGCACUGUGGAUUUGCCCGUAACAGAUAAAGUGCAUGUGGCACUUUGUAAUGUCCAGUCACGUGGCACCAAGUACUCGGACGCCUCCUUGCUCGCGCGAGACCCGACACGAGGAAGGGCGCAGUCAAAAUGGUGUUACGGAGAAACGUCUCUUUCAGUCCGGGAAGUGCCGUAGCGGUUUGCAUCGUGGCCAUCCUGGCGGGUGGCGCGAGACUGGCUUGCUGCCAGGAUGGGGAAAUAAUCCCCGAGCAGUGCGUGAUCUGGGGCCCGGGGCUGCACGCGCAGCGCGUGCUGCCUGUGCGCUACUUCUACAUCCAGGCCGUCGGUCCGAGCGGAAAACACCUGCGCGUGUCCCCCGGUAAAGACUCAUUCAAAGUGAAAAUAAGCUCUCUGUCACAGACGGAACAUGUCCGUAUCCACGCUCCCCCGCCACUGGACCGGGGAGACGGCUCUUUCUUGAUCCGGUUCCGUAUGUAUGGGAGCUCCGUUAACGGGCUGAAGGUGGAGGUGUUUUACAAAGACAAACUGGUGGGCCAGUCUCCAUACAUUCUUAAAGGUCCAGUGUAUCAUGAGUACUGCUCCUGCCCUGAGGCAGAUGCGGAGGCCUGGCAGCAGCUCCUGCAGUGCCCUGCGGAAGAGCCCCAGAUUCAGACAGAUUUCAGCCCCUUCUCCUCUAUUGACCUCCAGCGGCUGCGGGAGGAGGUGCCCAGACGCUUCUCCAACAGGGGCGGACUUCUCCACUACACCAUUCUCAACAACCAGGUGUACCGGCGCUCGCUGGGCAGGUACACAGACUUCAGGAUGUUCUCAGAUGAGAUGCUGCUCUCGCUCGCCCGUAAAGUGCAGCUGCCUGAUGUCGAGUUCUUCCUCAAUGUGGGUGACUGGCCGUUAGAGACCCGAAAGCUCAGUGACGUUCCUGGACCUCUACCAAUCAUCUCCUGGUGCGGCUCCACGGACACACGGGACAUUGUCCUGCCCACCUAUGACAUCACUCACUCCACCCUCGAGACUCUGAGAGGUGUAUCCAAUGACCUCCUCUCCAUCCAGGGAAACACAGGUCCUGCGUGGGCAAACAAAACCAGCCAGGCCUUUUUCCGAGGCAGGGACAGCCGGGAGGAGCGCUUAAAUCUCGUCGCCAUGUCACAGAAGCAUCCGGACUUGCUCGAUGCUGGAAUCACGGCCUUCUUCUUUUUCCGGGAGCGAGAGAAGGAGCUGGGAAAAGCCCCGCUGGUUGGGUUCUUCGACUUCUUUAAGUUUAAGUACCAGGUUAACGUGGAUGGCACCGUAGCGGCCUACAGGUUCCCCUACCUAAUGCUGGGCAACAGUUUGGUGCUGAAACAGGACUCCUCCUACUACGAGCACUUCUACACGCACCUGUAUCCAGGGCGCCACUAUAUCCCCGUGAGGAGAACACUGGACGAUCUCAUCCAGAAGAUCCAGUGGGCCAAGGACAAUGAUGAGGAAGCGGAGGCAGUGGCCAAGGCAGGGCAGGAGGUGGCGAGAGAGGUCCUCCAACCCCACCGCCUCUACUGUUACUACUACACUGUCCUCAAGUCGUACGCCAGUCGGCAGAGCGGGAAACCUGUCAUCCACGGCGACAUGGAGCUGGUGCCUCAGCCAUCUGACGGUUCUGCAGCGUGUUCCUGUGAGAAGAGAACUGCCACACAGGAGCCCCGACGGGAGAGUGAUGAGCUCUGACUCCAUCGCACCCUCCACCUGAGUCUGACCCCUAACCCUGACACCACCACGUCUUCCCAGGAUCCUCAGCAGACAGAGGUGCAGUUUUAGAACUGUGACACUCCUGUUUCUCCAAGUGCCUCUUAAAGCUUAAAGAUGUCGGCUCAUUGCACACGGCUUCAGCUCAGAGCUGUAACACCCAGGCCGUAUACCUACGCUUCAGCUCAGAGCCGUAACACCCAGGCCGUAUACCUACGCUUCAGCUCAGAGCCGUAACACCCAGGCCUUUAUCCCUACGCUUCAGCUCAGAGCCGUAACACCCAGGCCUUUAUCCCUACGCUUCAGCUCAGAGCCGUAACACCCAGGCCUUUAUCCCUACGCUUCAGCUCAGAGCCGUAACACCCAGGCCUUUAUCCCUACGCUUCAGCUCAGAGCCGUAACACCUGGCCUGUAUCCCUACGCUUCAGCUCAGAGCCGUAACGCCUGGCCCGUAUCACUAUGCUGGACCGAUAAAACAGGACCGAGCCCUUGAAUAUUCUUGUUUUUUUUUUUUGUUUUUUUUUUCUUGAGAGUUCAUUCACACAAGCCACUGAAACUAUGAAGAACCACAAUGGACUGUGUUAAUAUUUCCAUUAUAUGUAAAUAAAGUAAAACUUUCGUUACAA